ACAUUUUUCUUGCAUCAUCUUCCAGGGUAACUUUGCAGACCUCGGUAAGUUGCUCAUGCAGGGCCCCUUCAGCGUGUGGAACGAGAGCAACAAGGGACUGAGAGAGCUACGGCUCAAACCUGCUCAGAGACACAUUUUUCUGUACGAGAAGGUGUUACUCUUCACUAAGCGUGCUGGAAAAGACACAGAUCGUGCUACAUAUCAUUUCAAAAAUGCUCUUAAGAUGUCGCAAGUUGGGCUAACGGAGAGCGUACGUGGCAAUAAAGGGGAUGUGAAAACAUCCCCUUUAUUGAAAAAACUCUGAUCUGAAAAAAACUCUUGUUGAUGUUGUAUGUCAGUUAACCUUGAAACAAAUAAAAACAAGACUCAAGGUGGUUCAGGAGGGUGAAGAAAUGAUAAAGAGAAUGGCAAUGGUGGACAGUA